AUGAGAACAAUAAAUGUAUUGUUAACAAUAUGUAUGAUAAAUGAUACCAGCAAUUGGUUGGAUUCGGAGGUGAUAGAGGACCGGUCGAGAUAUGUUCCAAAACAAAGUGAAGACCGAAGUAAGAAUGGGCUAGGCAAUAAUGGGCAGGAGUCGUAUGAAGACAAAUCAAAGGAAGAAUUCUAUAAAUCAAGAUCGGAGGAAUCUGAUGAAAAAAACUUGAAACAGGUAGUAAGUGACUCCUCGGUUGAAUUAAAGCCGGCGGUUUUUGUGUGGUCAAAGGGUAUCGUGCCAUAUUACGUAGACCCUAAAAGCUACGAUGAAAUAAUAACGAAACGCAUAAGAACAGCAAUGAAUGCGAUAGAGAGGGUCUCUUGUGUGAUUUUUAAGCCCUUGUUAAGAAGAGGUAAAGAGAUAAGUGGUUAUAUGUGGCUGAGUAUCGAGAAUCCAACAAAAAUCAGGCGAUGCAUACAUAGACCAUUGCACGACGGCAGUGGGAAAGCGACUAUGAUCAUCGGUUACGAGUGCAUGUCGCCACGUGACAUGCUGCAUACGAUGAUGCAUGUCCUUGGGUUCCACGACGAGAUCACCCAUCCACAGCGAAAUAACUAUGUCAGAGUCCUCUGGCCGAACAUACAACCACAAUACCGGUCGCUGUUCUGGGCGAGGGGUGAAUUUGAACAGAAGGAUAUGGUAGAGUACGAUACCAUGAGCAUCAUGCACUUCCAUGACCACGCCUAUAGCAGCAAUGGAGGACCUACUAUAGUACCUUUGGUACACGGCUUGAAAAUUAAGCAAUCAGAAACAGUUCAUUUUUCUCAGUUAGACGUUAUGAAGCUUCAAUUAACUUAUGGUCACGAUUGCAACAAACGUAAGGUGAGGAAACUGUAUGAAACCUGUCAGGCUGUUAUGGGAGAAGGUGAAGCCGGAUCAGAUGGUCAAGAAGGUUCAGAUGGUCAAGACGGUUCAGAUGGCCAAGACGGUUCAGAUGGUGAAAACGGUGCAAGCGACGGAGACGGGACAGUAAUUGAAGACGGUGAAGGUGGUAAAGACGGUCAAGACAGUAAAGGAGAUGAAUACGAUACAGAAGGUCAAGACGGUCCAGAAAAUGGUGACAAUUUAGAUAAUAAUCAAGACAACCAAGACUUUGCAGAUGAUCAAGGCCGUCAAGGAGGACAAUAUGUUAACGGAUCUCAUACAACAAAACAAAUGAACCCAUCACCCAAGUCAAUGGUUAACAAAGAGCAUUUUGAUUCGAAGAAAAACGUAUCCCAGAAUAAUGUACCAAAUAAAUUGUAA